AUGAGAAAUUUGAUUUUUCUGUUAUUUCUGGUAAUAUUUGGGAGUGGAUCUGCGAACGAACAAGCCUUGCCACUAACGUCUACGAAAAUCAGUCCAGAUACUGAAUUUGUGAUUUUUGGAACCAGACAUGGCAACCGUAACCCAGAUCAAUUUUUGACGGGAAUAGAGCGAACAUGGGGACAAGAAGGAUCAUUAGAGUUGACAUCGAUUGGAAAACGACAAGGAUAUGGAUUGGGAGUGGAGCUUCGAAAGUUUAUUGGUAAUUUGACAACGAAUAAUUGCAAUGUUUCUGAAGUCAAAUACUACUCAAGCUCUGCAAACAGAUGCCAGAUGACGUUACAGGUAGCCAUGACUGGUCUCCAUCCACCACAAACCUACGCUGAUUGGAAUACUCAACGAUUCGAUGAUUGGUCCCCAAUUCCAUACACAAUUUCGGAUACUCUUCUCCGAAUGUACUCUGUAAAAUCCUGCAAGAAAUCCAACGAAGUGUGGGCUCCAAUAGAUAACGAUGACUUACCGGAGCUUGAGAAUAUGAAAAAUGAUAAUUCCGUGGUUUUGGAAUAUUUGAGUCAGGAAACUGGAUGGAAUAUGACUGGAAACUUGGGAAAAGCUGCUGAUUUAGCUGAUAAUUUGAUUCAAAUGGAUUUCUAUAACACUUCCUAUCCUAUGUGGUUGACACAGCCGAAAGUGAACGGAUAUCAUGAGGAUGAAUUGAAGAAGACUAUUAUGGAAUUUGCUGAAAUCCAUCCUCGAUCCUGUGCAUACUACUAUCCAUGUCGUUACUUGAUGGGAGGACUUUGGUUAGACGAUAUUAUUGGUAAACUCAACGAUGCCAACUCUUCAAAAACUCCAUUAAAAGUGGUUGGAUACGCAUCGCAUACGGAAGUCACUCUUGCUGUAAUGAAAUUAAUGGGAAUUGAGAAGGAAGAAGUUACGACAUCCGCUGGAUUUGUUAUUGAAUUCAGAAGACGUCCGAAUGCAGCAAUCAGAAUUUUAAACCACGAUCCGAACCCAAUUGACGCUCAUGUUAUCUACCCAGCAAAUCUGACGAAGGAAUUGUCCGAUGUUCAAGAAUCAGAUGGAUUUAUAAGGCUGUCGGAUUUCUUAAGAAUCGUUAGACCAGAGAGCUAUUCUGACUGGCCGAAACAAUGCGAUGCCCCAUCGUGUGCUCUGGAUAAUCCAAAUGGAAACGACUCUUCGUCUACAUCCUCAUUGAAUAUUUUGUCAGCGAUCGCUUUCACAAUUCUUACCAUUUGGAUUCAAUAA